AUGGAUUACCAAGAUCUACUACAUAAAAUAAUAAAGGAGUUCCACUCACUCAAAGAGUUCAAACCAUGGGAUAGCAGUGUUUUGUAUGAGACGUUACUACGAUCAGUAUUAACUACUUUGAUCGAACUUUUGGGCAUAGACAAUCCACCCAGUUAUCUACACCUCACCACCAACAAUGAUAGUAUAGGUGAUUUGAAAAUAAAAUACUAUGGAAAUGCAUUAAGCAAGUCAAUCAACGGUCAUAGCAUGUUGCAAUAUCUUGAAUCAAAGCAUGUAUCGAUAUUACAGGCCGUGGUUGAGAUUAUUAAUACGCGAUCAUAUAGAAUCAAAGAGUCUUAUUCUGCUGUUUUCAAAGACGUUUCUCAUUUAUUUGAAAAACUACUAAAGGAAAGAUAUGAAGCUGAAUCUAAUCUAGAGGAUUAUAUAUUGCAGUGCUUGAUGUACGAGACCCAAUUUUACCAAGGAAUUGUUGAUAAUGUUUUAACUGCCGAUGACACCGAAAAAUUGGCUAGUUUUUUGGGGACACGACUAUCUGAAGAAGAUUCGAUGUUUAGCUAUAGGGAUAUAGAUUAUCCACUAGAGUUAAACAUUAAUAAUGAAUCUCUUGAAAAGAUAUAUAAAAUUUUCUUAGGAGUCAUUGGCACCAAAAGAUUCGAUAUCAAGGAGGUUGCGUCUGCUGUUGUUGGUGUGUAUAAACGACACCAGAGAAUAGAUCAUUUUGAAAAGUUGGAUUCAGAUGAGAUUUUGGGAAAGUUUUUCAGAAAUAUAUUGCCACAACUGUUCCAGAGUGUGACAAAUAAGGUUUUCCGGGAAUUUCACAAAGAGGUAGAUGACCCACCAUCGGACGUGCUAGACCAGCUAGAUAAUAUUGUUGAUGACUUUAUUGCGGUUGGAAUUGAAGGGGUAGAUUUGGGCUUUCCGGCUUUGUUCAGACACUACAUAAAAUUCAUGAACGAAAUUUUUCCCACUGUGGUCGAGGAUGCUGACCGCGAUUUUGUUGCAAGAAUUAAUAGUUUAAUUGCUCAAGUCUUGGAGUUUAAAGACGAUGAAAAAUCCUGUGAUAUCAAUCAAGUGGUAUCUGAAUUUGUUUCAUUACAAAGUUUGCUACUUAAGAAUAACUAUCUUUCACCAUCUACAUUAUUGAUGCGUGCAAGUACUCACGAUUACUAUAAAAAUUUACAGAUCGUGAAAAUAACCUUUGAUGGAUGGAAUGAGAAUUCAAAGAGGAUAUUGAAAUUGGAGAACAGCGGCUUUUUACAAAGCAAGACAUUGCCAAAGUAUUUAAAAUUAUGGUACUCAAAAAGUAUGAAGUUGAAUGAAUUAUGUAACCGGGUAGAUGAAUUUUAUAAUGGAGAACUUUGUCGGAAAGUUUGGCAUUGUUGGAGGUCACAACAAAAUGUCUAUAAUCUCAAAAUGGAGGUUGCUGACAAACGUCUCCUAAAUCAAUAUUAUAUCAAAUGGCGGAAAAAAGAGAAGGAUAUGAAAGCCAAUCUUACUAUAGCUGUUGAAUUUGAUCAUUUUCAUUUAUUGGAUAAAAGCUUUAAGAUAUUGAAAGGGUACUUCAACUUGGCCAAAAACAGUGAUGUCCUCGCAAUGUCUCUAUUUCAGUCAUUUGAGGAGAAUCGCGACAGCCGUAUCAAGUUGAAGUAUUUUCAAUACUGGAAUCUAAAAAUAUCUGAUAGAGUACACGGCUUGACUAUGAAAUUAGAGAAGUUUCACCAAGUUAAGGACAAAUUUGUAUUAGGAAAUUAUUUUGAAACAUGGUAUUAUAAACAUAAUCUCGUUGAAAAGUCUAACAAUUUCGUUUCUGCUAAAGAUUUGCAGUUAUUGGCGAAAACUUUUACCAAUACAUGGCUAAAGAAAUUCUUGCUAUACAAGAAAGCAUUCAAAAUUGAAGAAGAGCUUGGCGCUGAUUUAAAAAGGAAAACUUUUGAUAGAUGGAAGGAGGCUGUCCAACUUGAAGUCAAGGCAAAGGAGUUUCACGAGCGACAUCUUCUAGAGACUGCAUUUCAUGAAUGGAAGUUGAAACUGAUUUUGAUAAGUAACAGGGCUUCAUUUGAUCAUAUUUUGGUACAGCGUUGCUUUCAAACUUGGUCCGUGGAAAUAAAACUUCGAGAACUACAGCAAAAACAAGAUACUCGUUUGGUAGUGAACAUUUUUCAAAAAUGGAGAACCAGGCAACUCGAGCUAGCAAAACUUGACGAAAAGUCUCAGGCAUUUUAUGAAUCAAAUAUGAAACAUUUGGUAGUGCAAAAAUGGAAUGUCGAAAACAGUAAUAUUGGACUAUUAGAGAAACGAGCAGAUCGAUUUUUCAUUCGAAGAUUUUUCAUCCAGAAAUGGCAAUCAAAAAUGACAAAGUAUGAGGACAUCACUGUUUAUCACUUGGAAGAUGAAAUUGCCACAAAAUUAGCCUACAAAGUAUGGAGGCAGAGAUAUUUUGAAAACUACGAAGAAAAGUUGGAUAACUUACUUGAAACAAUGGAUACCAGUGCAGCAGAUACUGUACGCUGUUCGCGAUAUUUCGGUCUAUGGCGGGCCAAAUUGCAGACCGUGAAGCAAAUUGAAGAACGCGUAUCUACGUCUGUAGCACCUAGUGUUGCAAUACAUUUUAAAAACUGGCACGUCAAGAGCCAGCAGAAGCAAGAGUUAUUGGAAAGUGCCUUGCAGUUUGAAGAAAUAAACUUGUCGCGUUUUCUUCUCAUUUGGUUUCAGCGUCUACAAGAAGUGAGUCAGUUGGAAGAUCAGGCAGAGGACUUAUUGGCUCAAACUAAUUUCAAUUUACUACGUAAUGCUGUUCAUAAAUGGUCUAUGCUCUACAACAAAAACAUCAAGCGACAUAAACAAUUGUGUGAGGAUUUUAUAGCAAGAAAAGAGACGGCAAAAGUCAGAUCUAUUUUUGAUUUAUGGCUAUACAAGAUCAAAGAAAUCGAAGCCAAUACCACCAUCAUAAGCAAUCCUUCACCUCUUUCCAAAAGAUUUCAGCAUCAAAGAGAGAUGGGCUUGACCCCUCAAAAGAAAAACUCUCCUACCAAAGUUUUUACCCCCACCACUUCCAAAGAUCCGAGUCCAACUAAACUCCAAGAAACUACCCAAAGAAUGAGAAACCAGAACAUUAGUGCUUUGAGGGAGCAUUUUGGAAGGGCACGGGCAUCGUCUACACCUAAAAAGUUAUCUCCUGUCCGGCUCUCGUAUACUAAUAUUCCUUCCAAUCUUCGGCCGCCACUGCCACCAAAAUUCGAUGAUUCAGAUAUUGCUACUGCCAAGAGUUUGGGUCGUAUCAGACCCAUGGUGUUUCCAAUAGAUGAUCAAGCAAAUUUUUCACCUAUGGAUAGAACAAAAUUACAAUCUAGAAAUGCUAUGUAG